AUGUGCUCCAGAGUUAUCAUCACAUGGGGUUGUGGCUGCACCGAGACACGGCCUGUAUAUGCGUGCAGCUCUCACGGCCAUUGCGGAGGUGUCGUAGACAAGCCGCAAAGCCAAGAUGGCACUUGCUUCAACUGCCAGAAGCAAGGGAAAUCGUAG